CUGUGAAACUCCCAUCGGAUUUACCCGCCUUCACUUUAUUUAUUUACCGGCCCAAUGUCUCUUCUGUCGGCGCAAGACGAUGGAUAGUUCAUGAAAAUGUUACUCUUCGUGUAAGAGCCGAGGACCCUUUGGAGUUCCAUCAUGGCAGCAUGUCCUGAUGCAGAGGACCAUUGGAUCAAGAAGAAAAUAAAGCGCCUACACAUUCUGGAAUUCAUUAUAGUGCCCCAAUGGUGACCUUUCACCCUGUGUGUAGCUAAAUGGAGGAGCGGGACCGCAGUCGCUCACCAUCUCGCAGGACCAGCAGAGUAGAGCAGGUGGUGGGACGCUGGCUUCGCCGCUCCAGAGAGUCCAUCAGCCGAGAGCGUGUGCUAGAAGAUGGGCAAGUUGCCGACAAUGGCUCCCAGGAGCAGAGGAGCUGUCCAAUUAGAGUCACUGUUAAGAUCCCACUUGACCCCACCCUUAACUCCCAUGGCUUUACUGUCUCAACACACACUCUACCGCAGGUGCUGGACGUGACAGAAGGUGGCCCUGCUGAUGGAAAGCUUGUCCCUGGUGACCAGCUUUUCAAAAUUAACAAUGUUGCUGUUGAUGAUCUAUCUACAGAGCAGGCUGCUGACAUAAUCAGAGAAUGUCAGAACACCAUAAUACUGACUGUCCUGAGAAAUACUGUGGGGCCAAAGUCGUCCUUCAUAACUCCAGAGAAGAGAGCCAAGCUGAAGUCAAACCCAGUUAAAGUGAGGUUUGCAGAGGAGGUGGUGGUCAAUGGUCACUCACAGGGAAACUCUCUGCUGUUCCUGCCAAAUGUUCUGAAGGUCUAUCUGGAGAAUGGCCAAACGAAGGCUUUUAAAUUUGAAUCUAAAACCACUGUAAAGGACAUAGUGAUGACUCUGAAGGAGAAACUCUCAAUCAGCCGUAUUGAACACUUCUCUCUGGUGCUGGAACAACAAUACAGCAUCAGCAAACUAUAUCUACUGCAUGAGGAAGAGAUUAUUCAAAAGGUGGUUGAAAAGAAGGAGACUCACGACUACAGGUGUCUGUUCCGUGUCUGCUUUCUACCUAGAGACUUCACCUGCAUGCUCAAAGAUGAUCCUGUGGCCUUUGAGUAUCUAUACUUACAGAGCAUAAGUGAUGUAUUGCAGGAAAGGUUUGCAGUGGAGAUGAAAUGUAAUACAGCUCUCAGACUGGCUGCUCUACAUGUUCAGGAAAAACUAGCCAGCAGUGGACAAUCCCUUAAAACACCACUGAAGGCCAUCAUGAAGGAGUGGGGUAUUGAAAGCUUUGUGUCCCACACCUUACUGCGAAACAUGAGAGAGAAGGACUUGAAGAAAGCCAUCAGUUACCACAUGAAAAAGAUUCUGUCUCAGGAGCCCAAACAAAGGGUGAUCUCAGUGGAUCAAGCUAGACUGAACUACAUGAAUGAGAUGUCUGAAGUCAAGUCCUAUGGAGGAAAGGCUUUUAGUGCCACUAUGAUGCUGCAGGACAGGGAGUCAAUAGUGAGUUUGUUGGUGGGAGCUCAGUAUGGGGUGAGUCAGGUGAUCAACCACAAGCUGAGCAUCAUGACCACCCUAACUGAAUUCAGCUCUAUUACCAGAGUGGAAUUAUUACCUGAGUCUGACAGAGUUAGUCUGGUCAAGAUCUACCUGCAGGAUAUAAAGCCAAUAACCUUGCUGAUGGAGUCAGUGGCAGCUAAAGAUUUAUUGUGUCUAGUUGCUGGAUACUGCAGACUUCUCGUGGACCCCCAGAUCUGUGUGUUCCCCUGGUCAGAUCAUUCAAAGAGCCACCGAAUAUCAGCAGAGGAAGGUUAUGUGUCACACUGUGGCAGUGACUCUGACGACUCAGACACAGACGUGGAUGCUCUCCUUGCUCAUGUUGCUAGCACUGCCAAAAGCAACAACACAGCAGAUAAACCCAGUGAUAAGCUACCAGAAGAAACUGAAAAAGCACAAAGAUACAUGGACAAAGAUGAAGAGGUGGAGAAGGAAGGAUGCAAAGAAGAGGAGGUGGUUGAGAAGAAGGAAAGGGAGGAGGACAAAGAAACCAUCCAUCAGUCUAUAAAUGGUAAUAAUGGAAAGACAGUAGAAAUAGGCGAUGAGAGUGUAGGCACAGAAAAGGAAAACAAAGAGCAAGAGAAAAAGCCUGAACAACCUCAGUGUGUCAUCAUUGUCGAUGACCCAUCAUCUGAAGCAUCUGAUUCAUACCAAACUGAGUCACAUUUCAUGACCAGCAUGUCCAGUGACUCUAUAGAUGCCCUAGAGGAGGACGACCUCAUGACCUACUUUUCUACCAGACGCCCAUGCCUUUUACCAGUGAAAGAUUCUUACUGCUGUGAAGAUCGCUAUUCACCAUCAUUGUCUCCACGGCAACCGUACAGCAAAGAUUCUCACUCCCAAAGUGACCCGUGCUCUGCUGAUUCCCAUUGUGAACCUGAUAUUGACCAAUUCUUUUGCUUUCCUGCACUCUCAAAUAUUGCUGAAUGUCUACCUAGUCCCCCUGCAGCCAGUGAAGAGGAGGACUGUGAGGAGCUGGGAAUAGAGGAUGAAAAACAUGAAAAGGGGUCACCUGCAAAAUGUCCUGGAAGCACCCUAGCUCCUCCUGUGGACUAUGUGUUCACAUUUGUACAAGGAGACACUAGACACUAUUACAAUAUCUGCACCAAUGUUACCCCAGACAGUGCCCGGAGCCUUCCACGACCUCUCUCUCCUUCAGGUCCUAUGGAAACACAACCAGAUCGGGAAAGAGGGGAAGCGAAUCAGAGAGAAACAGUGCCAAUUUUUCAACCCCCACCAGGGUUUGGAGAAAGCAGUUCAGAUGACGAGUUCUUUGAUGCUCAGGAAAGAUUCACACCAGCUGAAGAAACCUCUUCAACAGCCAUGACAAGAGAAGAUUCUGAAGAGUCAAGCACCAUAUUACAGACACUAAGCCUGAGGGAGAUUGGCAUCUGUGCAAGUGACCAGGAGGCAGAAGAGAAGAAACAAAAGGAGGAAGAUAAAAUGGUUACUCAAGUUGAAUUGUCAAAUUUCAAUAAAAGAUCCAAAAAGCGUCGCUCAUUCAUGGAAACAAAUUACACAUCCCUGGUAUCAUUCCCAGAACAGGAUCAUUUAGAUAACAGCUAUGGAAAUAGCGUCCCGAACUAUGGUUCUAUAUCAAUUAACCAAGGUGCUGGCCGAAUGGCAUGUUUUGAAGGUGGAUGCUCAGAUCAAGGUCCAUGUCCAACAGUCUCAUCCCUAACUGAUUCUGAAGGAGAACCAGCGCAACUGGAAUCCAAACCCAUCAACCCGUCCAAAGUCAAUGGAUCAGGACCACAUAAUCCCACUGAUACACAAGUGGGAUCACACUCAAACAAACCAUAUCAGCGGAAACAGCAACUUAUAGAGAUGGAACCAGAUUCCAUGGAGUUCAAAUCAGUCAAUGAACUAAUGUCUACUGCAUCGCCAGCUAUAGUAGCAGUACGCUCCCGCAUGGACCUACAGGAUAAAGGAAGCACCAGUAACCAUAGCAGAGAUGAUCAAGAGGAGGGUACAGUGGGAGGUCUAUUUGAGAGACUGUUUGGAGACCACUUGUUCUUUGAUAUGUCUAAAGGACAGUGUGAUAGCAGUGUUUUAUUUGGUCAAAGAGAUCAGGUAACCAAACAAAUGGAAGAUUUUUUCCAAGGCAGUUCAGUGACUCAAAAGAGCAGCUCACUGCCAAGACUAGGCCAGAUAUCCCCAUCAAGUUUACCCUACUUCCAUGUCCCGAGCAUAUCAUACACCACAAGCCCUGAUGUAGACAGAGACGACAGUUUUGUACAUCUACGAUUUGGGAUGGGUAACCACUCAGUGGAGCCAACAGAGAGGACCAGGAGUCAGAGUAUAUCUGCAUCUUUUGGUAGUGGGCCAUCAAGGCACUUAUUUUCCCAGCGAGUCAGAGGACCAGAAUUUGAUGAAACUGACAAUAAUUGUGACCCUUCACUCCAAGAACUGUCUUCUGGUGUUCCGUCUUAUGAACCAGCCCAAAGGUUCCUUCUUACACCCUGUUCAUCCGGCAUCCUUGGGCGACUCUCUGCCUCAACAUUGCGGGGAAAGAUCCAGAACCUUCCCCUCUACUUAUCACGUUCCCAGGAAAUGCUAAAUGGCAGUUCUGAUGGCAAUGGCAAUGUUAAACCUCUGAGAAGACUUUCAGAAAUACAACUACAAAAAAAUGAAGUUGAAGUAGCAAAAGAGGCAACUGAGGAUGUGACGUUGAAUGAUGGUUCUCCUGAAGUUACAGAGGUAAAAGUGGUUACCAUAGUAUCUGAAGAGGUCACUGAGGUCAUUGAGGAGGUAAGAGAGGUCAGCCACAUUGGCCUCAAAGCAUGUGGACAGCUGAAAACCAAAACUGAACCUAAAGAGUUUUCUGGAAUAGCCAUAGGGGAGUUUUCUGGAAUGUGCUCCAAGGCAGACAACUCUCUCCAAGUCAGCCCCUCAUCCGUAGUGGUUACAACACAGAACUUAAACGGACCCUGGGGGGUGGUAACAUCUAGUGGGUUACAAGAAUGUAGCCACCCACCCUCAAGCACAACACCCCAUAACUUUACCUCUAGCUGUGGGGUUUUCGCAAACUGCCAGUCCAAACCUACCAUAGCCCAGCCAAAAUCCUUGCCCAGCCCAAAUCAACAUGAGAAACCAGACCUUAGCUGCAGCUCGGUACUGGCUAUGGGGUGUAACACUGUAAUGGAGGGUGCUCAGACACCUUUAGAGGUCUGCCAUACAGUAUACACCAACUGUUUCAGUGGAGUUCUUGACAGCUCCAGCUUCGAUUAUGAACUCACUGUAUAUGAGUUUUCCCGCAGAACGAGCCAGGGUGAAACAGGGGAUGCUGUGCUGAAAUCUGUCCCUCCUUCCUCCCUCUCUGCAUCCCCUGCAUCUUUCUCUCCAUCUUCUCCAUUGCCCUCAUUCCCACAUCUAGUACUGCCUGCAUCUUCAUCUACAGAGCUCAGUCCCCUUCUGUCUCCAUUGGAUGCUCCUGACUGCUUCCUUUCGGACCCUCAUGAAGAUAUCAUCACUUCGCUGCUGACUCGUCGAUAUCCCCUACCACCAACAGGAUUCCUUUCUUUGCAAAAGGAUGUAGAUACCCUCUUAAAUGUCCUUGCUGGCGCUAUGAAAAACCAAGAUGGGGUCCACAAGCACACCAGGGAUACCUGUGUGGCUCACUUUUCAGAGAACAAAAGGCGAUUACAUGCAGAGGCUCGGGGGCUUUUAGCUGGAUGCCAACGCGUGGUCAGAGUUGGGCAGACGCCAGAGGAAACACUUCAAUCAUUGUCUGAAAGCUUCCGCUCACUGGUACAGCUGACAAGUGUGUGUUUAUGUUUCUCUAACUGCCAGCGAUGCAGGGAGCGCCAUGCCCAAGCACUUACCGGACUAGCAAGUGUUGCAAAAACUUAUCAGGACUUUGCUCGGGCAGCAGAGCUAGUGGGAAGUGCUACCGAAAGAAAGACUUGUCAUGAUCUCAGUAUUAAACUUCUGGCUCGCCAGUGCACUGCGCUAACGACCUCAGUCUUCUGCCUCACCCAGCUCUUUCGCACUCUCACUGCCCUUUAGUGUUGUCAAAAGUACCGAUGUCGGUACCAGUCGGUACUGAAAUUUAAAAAAUGUGACGAUACCAGCAUUUCCCGCUAGCAUUUUGAGAGCUGUUGUGUGAAUUUUCAAACACCUCUGAUCGGUCAUUGUGUUCACGCGCUCCUGUGUGUAUCUGUGAAAGCGCUUAGUGAAGAGUGUAAAGCGAUGAUCAUUGUAGCCAAUCACAGAUGAGCGCGAGAACACAAUGGCCAAUCAGAGGUGUUUGAGACUCCACACAACAGUGCUCAAAAUGCUAGCGGGAAAUGCUGGUAUCGUCACAUUUUUUAAAUUUCAGUUCCGACUGGUACCGACAUUGGUACUUUUGACAAAACUACUGCCCUUUGACCUUUCAACAGUUAAAUUGAGUAUUUCCCCCCCCCAAAACGGCAAGAAACCUGUCAGAAUAACUCAAAUGUGGUUCAAAUAGACUUGUUGUGGUAUAGAACAUCAACAUUGAGGCAGUGUCCAAGCCAUACCAGUAAUAAGCGUGCACUAUACACUCACACA